CAUGCUGUGGCGCUCGCGACCUCGACGACACCCCGCCCCAACGGAGCGGACCGGGCACUACGGAACAAGAGAUCGUCGGAGUUCCGGGUCCACCCUCUCGGGCGCAUCCGGCAUGAGGCGCGCCAGGCCGAAGUCGCAGAGCCGGGCGUGGAAGCGGCGGUCGACCAGGAUGUUCGCGGGCUUCACGUCGCGGUGGACGAUUCCAGCGGCGUGCAGGUACUUGAGAGCACGCAGCAGAUGACGGUGAUCAGGCUCUGGCGCCCGCCCUCCUCUGGCUCGCCCCACGGGAUGCACGCGGCGAGGUCCCGGUCAGCGAGGUCGAACACGAGGUAGAGGUCCCGGCCGCCCGCCGGCAGCACCGCGUCCCUGAGGGCGACGACGUGCUCGUGCCGGAGUUCCUCAGCAGGGCCAGCUCCCUGUAGGUCCUCUGCAGGGCGACGACCGGAAAAAAGCUGCACCGACGCGCCGUCAAGCUGCCCCCACCAGGCAGGCCCAGGCGGGAGCGGAGCCCUCUUCCCCUGUCCCCCGAGGCGCCUGGGCGCACGAGGAGCGCGGCAGGGCCGUGGCAUCCGAACUGUUCCCC